UCUAUGGCGCGUGCGUCACUUUAUGCCUGAAACCUGAUUACGUGCGGCCUUCUGCUGGGUCUUUUCGUUGCCCGGGUGAUUGGUGGAUCGGCGCAGGAGGCCGGACCCGAGAGGAAGUGACGAUAGACUGGGCGAGUUUUACAAAAUGGCGGAGGGCGGUCGAUCGUUUUACGAACAUGAUGACCGGUUUGGUGGGUUCUCCCAUAAGAAACAUAAAGGACGAGGUCCCUUCAGAGCCAAAAUGUUCUCAGAGGGACCCAAUAGAUAUCGAAAAGGUGGAUAUGGACCUAAUCCACGAUCUCGUUUUGAAGAUGAAGAUGGAGAUGUUGCUAUGAGUGACGCAUAUGACUUGUCACAUUCACGAUUUGCUCCAUACAGCCGCGGGGGAAAAAGACGUGAUGAGAGACCUGGAAACACAAAGGAGAAACACCAUGUGGGAGUACACAUUGACAAUUCUUCUCACAAGAGAGUCGAAGGCAAUGAUGAUAAAAAAUCCUGGUUCAAAGUCACGAUCCCACAUGGGAAGAAGUAUGAUCAAAACUGGCUGAUGAAUGUCUUGCAAAAGGCAUGUAGUGUGCCUUUCACUGCCAUACAGUAUCAUUGUGAUCAGACUCGUGCCUACUUUUAUGUGGAUGACCCAAGCGCAUCUAAAGCUUUGAAGCAGGUGUCCAGAAAGUGCACCGACAGAGACAACUUUAAGAUUACUGUAUUAACACGUCCAUCUGCACCACCUUGCAUAGCAAAGGAAAUGAAAGAUGAAGAUAUUGAACAUUUAAAGAAUUGCAUGCAGAAGCGGUAUGAUGGAUCACAGCAGGCACUGGACAUGAAGGAUUUGCGCAGGGACCCAGACUUAAUUGCAAAUCAUGUGGAUUUGAUUCUCGGCAGGAAAACCAAUAUGCAUGCUAUGCUGCAGAUUAUAGAAGAUAAUGUACCAGAGCUUCUAGCAUUGGAUAUUAGCAAAAAUAAACUCUUUAAACUGGAUGACAUGAGUUCUAUUCACAACAAAGCACCUAAUCUGAAGAUCCUAAACCUGUCCAACAACCAGUUAAAGUCUGACCGGGAACUAGAAAAGAUAAAAGGCUUGAAACUCGAGGAACUGUGGCUUGAAGGCAAUCCUCUUUGUAAUUACUUCCGUGACAAAAACAUGUACAUUAGUGCCAUCCGAGAACGCUUCCCAAAACUACUGCGACUGGAUGGACAUGAGCUUCCUCUACCAAUAACAUUUGAUGUUGAAUCUCCCACUGUACUUCCUCCAUGCAAGGGAAGUUACUUGGGAAAUGAUGAAAUUAAAGUGUUAAUCCUACGGUUUUUGCAGCAGUAUUAUACCAUUUAUGAUGGUGAAGAUAGACAGGGCUUGUUAAAUGUUUACCAUGAUGAAGCUUGCUGCUCCCUUAGCGUUCCUCACAUUCAAGGGCAAAAUCCCUCCAGGAGUAGCCUAGGAGAGUACUUUAAAGACUGCAGGAACUUAAGAAAGCUUAGAGACCCAACAAUUCGCCAUAAACUUCUGAAACACAAACGUCUCAAUGUUGUUGGCUUUCUGAAUGAGCUCCCAAGGACCCAACAUGACUUGAACUCUUUCGUUGUUGAUGUUGCUGCUCAAUCUAAUACACUGCUUUGCUUUGUGGUUAAUGGAAUAUUUAAAGAAGUUGAGGGGCAAUCAAGAGACUCUGUGCGAGCAUUCUCUCGGACGUUCAUAGCUAUGCCAGGCACUGAUGGAGGGCUUCUUCUUGUAAAUGAUGAACAGUUUAUAAGGAAUGCCACAACAGAAGAGAUCCGUAAAGCCUUUGCCACUCCAGCACCAACGCCUUCCAGCAGUCCUGUGCCUGCCUUGGCCUCUGGGCCCCAGGACAUGAUCCAAGCAUUUGUUCUGUUUUCUGGCAUGAACGCAGAGUGGUCUCAUAAGUGUCUUCAGGAUAAUGGUUGGGAUUUUGAACAGGCAGCUCAAAUUUUUCUGAAACUUAAGGCUGAGGGGAAAAUCCCAGAAGUUGCUUUCAUCAAGUGACAUGCUCCACCGUACUCCAUUAUGUUUGAAGACCGUACUGGAAACACUGUUUGGUCUUACAGUAUCGUUUCCCUACAUUGAACUACUAUGAAUUUUGUUUUUAAAAAAAAGAAA